CCUUGGGGUCUAUAAACUCGCGGGGGAAAAGUAUAGGAUAGAAAGAACAAAGAAAGAAGCUAGAAAGAACACAAAGGAGUAGAAAAUAAAGAAGGUAGCCAUCUGCUAAAUGGGUCGCAACACUCGCUCACGCUCAAGGUCCACAGAGAGCAGGGGUCGGAGACAGCGAAGGCAGAACCAGAGCCACAGCCAGAGCCAUGGACAGAGCAGGAAGUGGCAUCAGGAGUCCGAGGGGAGGCAUAAAGACAGGCGGCACAGCCGGGGGCGCAGGUCAGAUUUAGAGGGAGACCUGCUGCAAAGGUCUGGGAGGCGAAGCAGGAGCCCUCGACCACCCCGGUGGCACUCACAGGACCAGUCCUCAGAGUCUGACUCCGGUGAGGAGCGGGCACGCAGCUCCUGGGCCGCGCAGAGUGGCAGGCGCUCGAGGUCCCCAGGGUCAUGGGCAUCUAGUUCUGAAUCCCCUAGAAGCUCUCCGAGCCCUGGGACAGCUGACCUGGACCCGAGCCAGCCAGGGAACCUGCAGCAGCGGCUGCGGCCCUGUGAGAAGCAGAGGCAGCAAAAAGAGCUGCUCAAGGCCUUCGAGACGCCAGAGGAGAAGCGUGCAAGGCGACUAGCCAAGAAGGAAGCUAAGGAGAACAAGAAGCGAGAGAGGAUGGGCUGGGGUGAGGACUAUGUGGGCUACACCAACGCCGACAACCCCUUUGGAGACAGCAAUCUACUGAGCACCUUCAUCUGGCACAAGGCACUGGAGAAGAAGGGCAUCAGCCACCUGGACGAGAAAGCGCUGAAGGAACGCAACAAGAGGAUCCAGGAGAGCAACCGGCUGGAGCUCCAAAAGGUGAAACAGCUGCGGCUGGAGCACGAGCAUGCGAAGGCCAUGCUGGAGCAGGAGCUGGAGCUGCUGCAGAGGGAGAAAGAUGCCGAGCACUUCAAGACCUGGGAGGAGCAGGAGGACAACUUCCACCUGCAGCAAGCCAAGCUGCGUUCCAAGAUCCGCAUCCGAGCCAGGCGGGCUAAGCCCAUCGACCUGCUGGCCCAGUACAUCAGGGCAGAGGACGAUGACGACCUGGCCGUGGAGGUGCAUGAGCCCUACACCUUCCUCAUUGGCCUCACGGUGGCGGACAUGGAAGACCUGCUGGAGGACAUCCGGGUGUACAUGGACCUGGAGCAAGGUAAGAACGUGGACUUCUGGCGGGACAUGACAAGCAUCACGGAGGAUGAGAUCUCCAAGCUCUGCAAGCUGGAGGCCUCAGGCAAGGGCCAAGGGGAGCGCCGCGAGGGUAUCAAUGCCUCGGUCAGCUCCGAUGUGCAGGCGGUGUUCAAGGGGAAGACAUACAAUCAGCUGCAGGUCAUCUUCCAGGGCAUCCAGGGCAAGAUUCGUGCAGGUGGCCCCAACCUGGACAUGGCCUACUGGGAGAGCGUGCUGCAGCAGCUGCGUGUGCGCAUGGCCAGGGCCAGGCUCCGUGAGCGCCACCAGGACGUUCUGAGGCAAAAGAUGCUCAAGCUGAAACAGGAGCAGGGGGUGGAAAGAAAGACACUGUGCUCCAUCCUCAAGUCCGAACCCAAGGCCAUCCACGGGCCUGGACCCUCGGCGGACCCCGCAGAAGCCAAGGGGGCUCCAGUACCUGGGAAUGGGGAAGCGAAGAAGGACAUGGAGAGCGAGGCGGUGCUGAUGGAGGAGGACCCGAUCCAGGAGAGCCUGGCAGACUACUACGAUGCAGGCCUCUACAGCCCGCGGCUGCUCAUGGCACACGAGCUGCCGCUGGACGCACACGUGCUGGAGCCGCAGGAGGACCUGCAACGCCUGCAGCAUUCGCGCCAGCAGCUCCAGGCCACAGGCGAUGCAAGCGACAGUGCCGAGGACAUGCUGUUCUUGCAGCGCGCGAGAGAGGGCAUGGGGCAGGAUGAGGCGCAGUUCAGCGUGGAGAUGCCGCUGGGCGCGCGCGCCUACCUGUGGGCAGAAAAGUACCGGCCGCGCAAGCCGCGCUUCUUCAACCGCUUGCACACAGGCUUCGAGUGGAACAAGUACAACCAGACGCACUACGACUUCGACAACCCGCCGCCCAAGAUCGUGCAGGGCUACAAGUUCAACAUCUUCUACCCCGACCUCAUCUGCAAGCAAGCCACGCCAGAGUACUUCCUGGAGGCCUGCGCGGACAACCGCGACUUCGCCAUCCUGCGCUUCCAAGGUGGGCCGCCCUACGAGGACAUCGCCUUCAAGAUCGUCAGUGGCGAGUGGGACUACUCGCAGCACCAUGGCUUCCGCUGCCAGUUCGCCAAUGGCAUCUUCCAGCUGUGGUUCCACUUCAAGCGCUACCGCUACCGCCGGUGA